AUGUCGACCAUCGCAAGAUCUGCCCAGCCCGCGCCCGUGGAGCAACCCAAGCAGUCGAAUCUUUAUCCACCUAUUUCACCAUAUAAAGUCGAUUAUCUCAAAGUCUCCGACUUGCAUACCCUUUACUACGACCUGAGUGGAAAUAAAGACGGGACUCCCGUUGUAUUCUUGCAUGGUGGUCCUGGUGGAGGCUGUGACCAGCAGGACCGAUGCUUUUUCAAUCCGGAGAAAUAUAAGAUUAUCCUCUUCGAUCAACGUGGCUCGGGCAAGUCAACUCCAUCAGCCUCGCUUGAAGAGAACACAACCUGGGAUCUCGUAAAGGACAUUGAGAAACUCAGAGAACAUCUUAGUAUAGACAAGUGGCAUGUCUUUGGUGGUUCCUGGGGUUCAACAUUGUCAUUGGCAUAUGCACAGAGUCAUCCGGAUAGGGUCAAAUCUCUCGUCUUACGAGGAAUCUUCACUCUUCGUCGCAGCGAACUUAACUUCUUCUAUCAAGACGGUGCAUCGCAUUUAUUCCCUGAAGCAUGGGACGAAUACAUCGCGCCCAUCCCAGAGGCAGAAAGAAAAGAUAUGAUCCUUGCGUAUCACGCACAGCUCAACGCUGCUGACGAAGAAGUACGCCUUCGUGCUGCGAAGGCGUGGUCCAAAUGGGAGAUGUGGACAUCCAAGCUACACGUCGACCCCGAGUACAUCGCGCGUGCAACUGAGGACGACUGGGCAAAUGCUUUUGCAAGGAUUGAGAACCACUAUUUCGUCAAUGGCGGAUUCAUGCGCGACGGACAACUUCUGGAGAAACAAGAAAUCGACAAGAUCCGGCAUAUACCCACCAUCGUCGUCCAAGGCCGAUACGACGUCGUCUGUCCCAUCACAACGGCUCACGCUCUGAAGAAGGUCUUCCCCGAGAUCGAAUUACACGUCGUCCCCGAUGCCGGACAUUCCGCUCGCGAACCCGGGAUUGCGAAAUUACUCGUCGAGGCAGCAGACAAGUUUGCAGACUUGUAGUGAUCUACAGUGCUCUGGGGGGUUAUUUACAGCUGAUGAUAAGGCUGACGACGGUACAAUGCACGAUACCCCGAU